UACAGCUGUCUAUGAAUGAUGUGAUUCUGUAUGAAUUUCUGAUUGUGGCUUUUCUCAGUGUAAUUUUCUUCGAUCAAUCAUUGUAUUUCGUUAAGUGUUUUAGUAUAAUAACCAACUAAUCAUGGCUAACGACGAUGCAGUGCUUAAACAGUAUCUUUCAAAGUACAAACAUCGCGACUACACGGCUCGUGAAGUAGCUAAUUUGAUUCAAGUGUACAGAAGUUUGACCUAUCGUCUGGAAGCCUUUGUGUUCAACAACGGCGCUAGGAAAGACCUGCUGAACCUGGAAGGUACUAUCCCUGUUAAUUAUAAAGGCGCAUUUUACAACAUCCCUGUAUGUAUCUGGCUCAUGGACACUCAUCCCCAAAAUGCGCCGCUGUGUUUCGUGAAACCCACGUCAGACAUGUCUAUUAAAGUUUCAAAAUAUGUAGACAGCAACGGCAAAGUAUAUCUACCAUUUUUACACGAAUGGUCGGGUAAUGGCUCCACUUUGCAGAAGCUUAUUCAGUGCAUGGUUACUGCCUUUGGAGAGCUGCCUCCGGUUUAUUCAAAGCCGCGUAAUGACACAAGAGCGCCUUACCCGGUUAAUUCCUUCAUGCCACAGCCGACCGGAUAUCCAUUCCCGCAGGGAGCCCCACCAGGUUUCCCAGCACCUCCUUAUCCAACAACAUCUAAUCUGCCUUAUCCGAGUUAUGGGGCGCCAUAUCCUGGUGCAGUGGGGGGUACCAAUGGCUUGUCCUACCCUCCUGUCGCUUCAGCUACUCCAUACCCACCGGCAGCAGGCUAUGGACCUGGUACAGCAGAUGUCGCUGGCGGAACUAUCACAGAGGAACAUAUCAAAGCAUCUCUCUUAUCUGCUGUGGAAGACAAACUACGAAGGAGGCUUAAGGAACAAUCUCUCCAAUCUCAGGCAGAAUUGGAAACCCUUCGUCGCACACAGCAGGAGCUCCGUGAAGGGAAGUCUCGUCUAGAAGAUAUUCUUUCAAGAUUACAGAGGGAAAGAGCAGAAUUAGAUAAAAAUGUGACAAUAUUGCAGGAGAAAGAGAAAGAAUUGCAUACUGCUAUAGACCGCUUGCAGGAACAAGAGGGCAUUGAUGUGGAUGAGGCAGUUGUGACCACUGCUCCCCUGUACUCACAGCUGUUGAAUGCUUUCGCUGAAGAAGCUACUCUGGAAGAUGCUAUAUACUACAUGGGAGAGGCAUUACGCAAAGAGGUUAUUGACUUGGACACGUUCUUGAAGCAAGUGCGCACCCUGGCCCGCCGACAGUUCACCCUGCGUGCCCUGAUGCACAAGUGUCGGCAGAAGGCUCAGCUGGCGUGCUAAUAGUGGCGUCGUUUCUGGCAAUGUACCCAUAAAUUCUUGCCAGAAAUGAAAUACUCUGUGAUUUGUAUGUAAACGGUGAUGAGUCAUACUGUAAAGUUGCAUCAUGUUGUGGACUUGUUGAGGGCAAUUUAGGUUAAUGCCUUCAGAACUAUAUAACUAUAACUAUACUAUCCUGGUUUAUAACCUAUAUCUAUUUCCUGUAUGUCUUAAAUAUGUAUAUGUCUUGACAGCAGAGAUGAAGCAUGCAUAUAGUUAUUGUACAAUUUUAUGGUAAUUCCUGGCUUACACUUAGAGAGCAGCAUAAAAUAGAAAGCAAAAGACUUAUAAUAGAUUGAUCUGCAAUAACUCAAGACUCAUAACAAACAUGAUAAAAACAAGUUAUUGUGUUUACACGAAGUCUUUGCUUAUAUUUUAUGUGCCAUUUCUAUAAAAUAAAAGUAAGUAAGCAUGCAAAAAUGUAAAUAAACUAUUAUCCAAAUGUCUUUGGAAUCCGUUUUAUUAUCAUAAUGGUGUAUCUUAUUCCAAAUUAUAAGAUCCACACUGCAGUAUGAAUUUUGAUUCAUUUUGGUGUAGAAAACCUCAUUUAUCACAUUCAAUGGUUAUCAUAAAAGUGCAUAAUGCAAGUUCUAUUGUUAUGCACUGUGUAUCUAGGAUAUUUGCAUUUAUUAUGUAAUCAUAGACUAGAACAUAGAUGUAACUUGUCACUUAUUAGUCCCUGUAUCUUAGACAUACUUAUUUACCAUCAUUAUAGCAAGUAAACCUUAGUAAAAUAGUAUCAAAAUCAAAAUUUUCAGCUAACUAAUACAGCUGUAGUUUUCCUAAAACUUUGUCUUGAGACUCAAUUUAGACCUGAGAUGUUAUCAAGUCAGUUUCAAAUCAAAAACUAUUUGAUGUGUUUAUCAGUGAGGGGAUUCCUUGUAGCCCAUUAAAUAAAUGUUAUAUUGAUAGCUAGAUAAAACAUUAAGUGAGGGACGAGGCAGACAGACAGAUAGUGAGGCAGAUGUUAUAUAUUUAUCUCUAACCAGUUUUACUUCAAAGGAAAUAGCUUAGAGAUAACAAUGUAGUUUAUUUGUGUGACUUUGAUGGAAGCUUUUUAACCACAAAAAUAAAUUACAAGUUUAUAUAUUGCAACUGUUUUAUAGUUUUUUUGCUAUUACAAUAUCAUAUCGAGACAAAAUAUUGCGUAUCAAAGAAUUUGGGAGCAAUUCACACCGUGGCCUGCAAGGAUAUAAAUCUACUUGUUUCUAUGUAUUAUUUGCUGAAAGGCAACAGUAACUCCUUAAACAUGCAAAUAAAGAUAAAUAGGAGUUUAUCACGUGUUUAAAAAAACUGAAGAAUUUCCCUUAAUCACGUGACAUAGUAAGACCAAUGGUAUUCAAUAGCCUUCAAAUAUUUCUGAAAUGUAAAAACUCAGCAGUUGCUCUGGUGUGCUUUGCAUCCAAAAUGCAGGGUUGUCGUAGUUAAGUGGUAGACAAUAAUACGAACAUCAUCAUAAACCGAAGUGCUAUAGGGUGUUGUGAUCUGGUUGUAAAUCAUUGUGCCAUGUCGAGGCAAGGAAUGCAUAGUAACUAAUAUUUACUAUUUUGUAAACUCCUACAUUUUGUUUAUGUAUUUAUUUAUGUAGGCAGAUUUCUUUAAGUUCAAGAUGGAUAAACUAAUGGCUGGCGCUGUUAAAUGUUCACUGACCUAUAAAAACCUAGACGAAGUGUAGUGCCCUUUUAUACACAUAAAUAAAUAAAUAUAAAGUAAGUUAGUGGCACAUUAAUUACGCAAUUGAAUAAUUAGCUUUAACCAUAUCUUGGUGUUAGCAUACGAUAUUUUUAUGUGUUAUAUAAAUCUUAGCAAGUACAGUCAACAAAAAAUAUUAUGCAGGUAGAUCUGAAAUACUAAUAAUUACAGUUACAAAAACAAGAUCAAUAUUUUGGUAUCACUCUAGAAUAGAAUCCGACCUUCAUAUGUUAUUCAGCCGACAGUCUUGAAUAUUUAAUAAGACAUGAUGCUAUGCGUCCUCUUUUUAUCCAUCAAUAUAAUAUAUAGGUCAGCGGCCGAUGUAAAUGAUCGUUUAAGGCUCAUGUUCUUAUAGGUUUUUGUCGCCAGUCUUACUAAGAAUAUCAUUAGCCUGUAUGCUGUGGUUUUUGUUGACUGUACAGCUCGUCUUGUAGUUAACGGUCAAGAUAAUAGCGCCGUCGUAGUCAUGAUGUCAUCGAGCGAUCAAUCUGCACAUAAUAUAGGCACUUUGCCGUUAAUAAAUAGGUCUACUUAUAUACUCUAAACAAUGAUUGACUUUGAAAGAAAUUGCAUGCUGACUCCUUGACUAUUUCAGUAGAAUUUAAUCUUAGUUUAAGACUAUUUAGGAUGCAUAUACUUUCGCAAUGAACGUUUGCGUGACGCUAGUAAUUAUCGAUUAUAUUGAAGUUAUAGUUGGCAAGCAAUUUUUUUCAAUGUCUACAGAAUUGUCUCUCGUUUCUAUCGAGUUACCCCGCAAUGUAUGUAGGCUCUGCACUACUAAGACUGUGUAAAUAAGAUCUUAUAAGUAAAAAAAUAUAACUGAAUAUUACUCAUUGAAAACUCUUAUAUUAGUAGUGAUAAAAAUGGUGUUACGAAUUGUUUAAAUGUAGCGUUAUUUCAUAUAUUCUUGUUUAUAAUAAUUGUCUAUUUAAUGUAAGUCACUGUUUUCACUAAUUUGAGAAGCGUUGUAGAAACAAUUGUCACGUUGUAGAAGAAUAAAUGCAAUUUAUUUAAUCGAUUUUGUUUAAGGUAUGGCGAUUGCUUUGUUCCUUCUUUGUACAGCUUAUUGUAUAUUAUAUUUUAUGUAUUUAGAUUCAAAUUGUAACUGGAUUUUUGCAUGACGAAUAUUUUGUUUGAUACACUACACUGUUACAAUGAUUAUGCCCCAACACUGUUGUUAUUUGAAUUCUUCUAAGUUGUAUAUUAUGUUGUCAUGCGAAAGUCCCGUCAGAUGCCCUUGUUUGUGUAUUGAUAAACCACCUUUCUAAACUGGCAGAAUAGGUGAUCAAUUAAGCUAUAUCGUAUAGAUUUCAAUCAAGAAAUCGGGUCGAAGCUUGAUAUCAGACGACGCCUGAUUAAGAGAUAUUCUGUGAAUCAACCCUCUUACAAUAAGAAUAUCUAUAGGUGACUAAUUCACUUUACACAUAGUGUGCGAUAAAAUAUUAUCGUGUUAACUUUUACCAAUACACAACCAGGUGCCGGCAUUCAAAGAGAUAAACUGUUAAUCAUUUUUGUAUCUUGACGAAUGUAAAUAGUUUAAGUUUGCAUUGCAUAUAAUCGGCGCUGACUGAUAUUUGUCACAAUAAAUGCGAAAAUAGCAA